AACUUUUAGUAUUGUUAAUAGUACAAUUAUCUAUUUAAAAUAUGGCAUCAGCUUACGGAAUACAUUUGGGUAACAGUACAGCAUGCUUAGCAUCGUUUACGAACGGCACAAUAUCUGUGAUAGCCAAUGACGCCGGCGAUCGUGUCACCCCCGCAAUAAUUGCUCUAAAUGGUACAGAAUGGGAAAUUGGCCUUCCAGCAAAGUCAGGACAAGCGUCAUCGAAGUCAAUUAUUAAGCACAAUAAACGGCUAAUGAACUGUGAUUUCAAUGAAGAUGAUUUGUCAUAUGUUGAGUUAUCAUCAUCGUGCCAAAUUCAGAACGACGAAAAACUUGUAUAUGAAUUCCAGACAAGCGAAACAACAUUAUACUCUAGUCCUGAUAACAUCGCCACUAAAAUUUAUGCUAAACUAUUUACGAUUGCUAGUCAUUCUGUGAAGAAUGAGGGUGAUCUCAAAUUGGUGCUCGCUGCCCCACUACAUUGGUCAAAUGAAAGCAGAGAACGCUUAGUAAAAUGCGCAGAACUGGCGGGAUUCGAAGUACUUCAAGUGAUUAGUGAACCGGCUGCUGCUUUAUUAGCCUAUAACAUUGAAGAAAAUCUAGAAGAUGUGAAUGUACUUAUUUAUCGACUUGGUGGAUCAUCUUGUGAUGUAUCUAUUGCCAAAGUAUCAGCUGGUUUUGUUAGUGUUGAAAAAAAUAUUUUUCGUUCGGAUUUAGGCGGACAGUACUUGACAAAAGAUCUUGCUGAUUUUAUUGCACAAGAAUUUAAACAGAAGUGGAAGUUAGACCCUCAGGAAAGUAAAAGAGCCAUGGCCAAACUUUUAAACCAUGCUGAUAACUGUAAAAACGUUUUAUCUACUUUAAAUUCAGCUCAUGUAUUUAUUGAGUCAUUGCUUGAUGGUGUUGACUGGAGCCAAAAUGUGUCUCGGGCUAGAUUUGAGAACAUAAUAUCAUCAAAAAUAGCUUCCUAUGUAGAGCCUGCCGAGAAGCUAAUACAAAGUUUUGAUGGUAAAAUUAGCAAAAUUGUGUUAUGUGGAGGGAGUAUGAAGAUACCUAAAUUACAGUCUACCAUUGCAAAUUUGAUUCCUGAUGCUGAAGUUCUGUCGGGUAUAAACCCUGAUGAGGUAAUAGCUAUUGGUUGUGCUAAAGAGGCAGGGUUGUUAUUAGAUGUUCCAGAAUUUUCUAUGAACGAUUUAAAUACAGAAGUUGAAUUCUUAGGCAAAGAUGUGUAUAUGAAAUAUUUAGAUCAAACAGUCCACCUGUUUAAGGAAGGUACACCUCCAUUUGCACAAUUUGUUCAAAGUGUGGAAGCAGAGCAAGAAAUAAAAGAUAUUGAUUUCACCUUACACACAUCACCUGAAAGUGAGGCUUAUGCUACAGAAUCAUUCAAUAUUGAGAAUCUUAAAAAACCUUUUUCAUUAAAAGCAACAUUACAACAAUCAAGUAUAAAAUUGGAAGUUGAAUAAUGGAAAGAAUAAAUUUUAUAAUUUUGUCCUAUUGUUUCAUUUUAAU